AUGAACAAAAUGUUUGAAGGGUUAACAUGUCUGGAGGUGUAUAUCGACGACGUUGUCGUAAAAUCGCCGAGCAACGCGGCUCACCUGGCCGAUCUGAAACAAGGUUUUGCGCGGAUCCGAAGCAACGGUUUGAAGAUGAAUCCAUUAAAAUGCACCUUUGGGGUAUCAGCUGGGAAUUUCUUGGGUUUCUUGGUUCACCAGCGGGGGGUAGAGGGAAAUGAUAACGACCAGUUUGUGUGGACCCCUGAACAACAACAAGUGUUUGAUGAGUUGAAAGCAUACUUAGUAAAACCACCGACUAUGAUGCCGCCAAAGCCGAAUCAGCCUUUGUUACUGUAUAUAUUAGCAGCUCCCCAAUCUUUGGGAUGUAUGCUGGCACAGGAAGACCAAGGUGUUGAAAGAUCGGUUUACUAUCUCAGUAGAGCCUUGACCGAUACUGAAACACGAUACUCAGACAUCGAAAAACUUUGCCUUUGUUUGUAUUUCACGUGCUGUAAGUUGAGAUAUUACAUGUUACCAGUGGUGGUUUAUGUCCUAGCACAAACCGACAUCAUAAAAUACAUUCUAUCCCGACCGUAUCUCAGGAAUCGGAUGGGAAAGUGGGCGGUGGCAAUGUCAGAAUUCACGCUCGUGUAUGUGCCUCAGAAAGCAGUUAAGGGACAAGUCCUUGCCGAUUUUCUGUCGGACCACCCAGGAGUCAACAUAAAAGAGGGAAUCGGCUGCAUGGAACUACAUCCUUGGAAAUUAUGGUUUGACGGAUCAAGAACAGAAAAGGGUGCCGGAGCAGGAAUCGUCAUUAUCUCGCCCUCGGGGGCACGGUUUACAAUGUCUUGUUCUUUGGCAUUCAAGUGUACCAACAACCAAGCCGAGUAUGAAGCUCUCAUUUUAGGUUUAGAAAUCUUGAUGGAGCUGGGGGCAAAAUCAAUCCAAGUCUGGGGUGAUUCACUGUUAGUGAUAAAACAAGUCUCCGGAGAAUACAAGUGCGAGUCGGAACUCUUGAUCCGAUAUUGCAACAAGGCUAAGCAUCUUAUUGGCGGUUUCUCAGAUACAUGGUUAUAA